AUGUCCUCUCCGUUCCAGUCAUCCUCCCCAAGCGACCAAGGAAAUGCACUCCUCAUAGCUGUCCGCUUCUCCGCCUCAAUUCCCGACCUCCAACUCGAUGUCCCAGAACCCGAAACCACAACAGGCGCAGGCCUCAAACAACUAAUCCGCGCCGAUCUCCCUAAAGACCUCUCAUCCCACCGUCUCCGCCUCAUCUACGCAGGCCGCGGCUUAGAAGAUACAACUGCUCUCACAGUCUCACUCAAACUGCCCACCCCACCCCGAAGCUCCCCCGCAUCCGAACCCGACAAUGUCAAAGGCAAGCAAGCGGUGCGCGACGCCCGCCCACGCAUAUACAUCCACUGCUCAAUUGGCGACAUCGCACUUUCCGAAAAAGACCUAGCAAAUGAAGCAAGCGUCUCAUCAACACUGCAAAGAAGGCAGUCUUCCAAACCAACUGAUGCAGACGAACGCUCGCCCCUCGUCCCGCCUGCCCAGCCGCAAACAACCCCUGCACCCCGUGGCUUCGACCGACUUCUCUCGGCUGGCUUUACGGCCGCUGAGGUUACGGCCCUGCGCUCACAGUUCCUGGCUAUGCAGUCGGUUUCGCACACGCGCGAUACCAUGCCUAGUGGGGAGCAGCUCAGGGAUCUUGAAGAUCGGUGGAUGGAUGAGGGGUCUACGGCUGUGCAGGUGGCUGAUGGGGGGAAUGACGAGGGCGUUGGGAAUGGUUCGCAUGGGGAGAUAGACGAUCUGGUGUGGGGGGCUGUUAUGGGGUUCUUCUGGCCUAUUGGCUGUGCUAUGUGGCUGAGGAGAGAGGAGGGGGUUUGGAGUUGGAGAAAGGCGCUCGCUGUUUCUGGGGGCGUUGCUCUCAAUGCGGCGUUUGGAGCCAUGAGGAUUAUGGGUUAG